UCGGAGAGAGGGAGAGCCCGCUCUCUGGAAGCAUCGUCGCUCUUCUUCUCCGUCCGUCCAAAAGAACUCUCUAGAACCCAAUCCCCACUUCCAUAAAAACCUCCUCCCAUCUUUUCUUUUCUCGCGUUCUGAAAUUCCAAUCCAAUCGCUCUUUACUUCGAUCAACCCUUUGAUCUUUCCCUGAGCUUGGUGUUUUGGAAAUGGAGGAGGACUUCGAUCUCCCGGCGGGCGAGGAGGAGAUGAACGACCUCCCCAACGAUGACUUCGAGCCCAACCCCAUCCUUAAGGUCGGGGAGGAGAAGGAGAUCGGCAAGCAGGGCCUCAAGAAGAAGCUCCUCAAGGAGGGCCAAGGCUGGGAGACCCCCGUAGUCGGCGACGAGGUCGAAGUGCAUUACACUGGGACGCUGCUGGAUGGCACAAAGUUCGACUCGAGCCGUGAUCGCGGGACGCCAUUCAAGUUUAAGCUUGGCCAAGGAGGAGUUCAAAAUGAGCAUGAUAGGAGAACUUACAUUUUUUUUCUCGGAUUUCAGAUCAAGCAAACGAAGGAAGGAAUCUUCAUCAAUCAAAGUAAAUACAGAAGAGAGCUACUAAAGAGAUUUAGGAUGGAGACUGUCAAGACUAUCGACACCCCUAUGAGCCCUUCGUGCAAAGCUUGACAAGGAUGAAGGAGGUAUAAAGGCAUUCAAAAAGGAGAAAAAAUAUAAGAGAAAUAAAAGAAAAAAGGAUUGAAAAGAAAUUUCAGCUCCAAGAUAAAGAAGUAUUCAUUUGAAGCUCAACCACCUCUCAAAAGGGGAUUCAACUCUUCAUUCUAUCUGAGGGUGUUUCCAAAAGCUUCUCCUUAUUCAGUAAAGUGUAUUUUAAAGUUUCAUUUUACUUAUUAAGGAGCUAAACCUGAUUUACAUUGUUAUAUUUUUUGUUCUCGCUUGCUGUUUUGUAUAUAAGUUUUGAGGGGUUCCAAAAUUUGGGAAAGGUUGUUGCGAGCUUUAAAUAGGAGUGUAUUGGUUGGCUUGUACUAGAAAAAUAAGUUUCUAGCUUGGAAAGCUAGGGUCGAUGGGAUUCGACUUGUAAUCGUUGUAUACGAUUAGUGGAUUGGAAUUCUCAAGUAGAAGCUUGGGGAGUAGAUGUAGGUACAAGGUUGGUACCGAACCACUAUAAAUCCUCUUUGUUUGUGAUAACUUGUUUACUCUUCUUGCAUCCUAGUGUUAUUCACUCGCUUACUAGUUUCAUUAUUCAAUACAUUGUUCACUAUUGACACUACACAUUAUACUUCACACUCUUAACACAUUUUUGUGGUUUACUCUUCACUUAAAAUAUUGCAUAGCUGGGCAACAAGAAUUAUGCAUCAAAAUAUUGCUUGAGCUCAACAUAUUUUUUCAACUUGACAAUUCCGGACGAAUCACUUAGCCAAUGCUGUUAAUGUUCUAGAAAACCUUCCACAACAUAUCUUGCUAAAGAACAGUAUGUUUGUACUUGUGACUAGUAUUAAACCUUCAGGUCCUAGAUCUGAUGAAUAUCUCGUCGAUCUUUAACUACUGUGGUAGGUGACGAUGGUUUUUCUUAGGAACAACUCAUUAUAAGUGUAUUUUAUUCAUGCUUUUCAUAAGUAGAGCAAAAUGGAGUACUGGACUUGGUUGUGUCUGCACACUAGGGAAAGAGAAGAAGCAAAGAGAUCCAGUCUAAGCAUAAAAGAUUUCACGUCCCUGCACUCAAAAAUGGGAAAACAGUGUGAUAUUUGAAUCUGUGUCUCAUUUACCUGGCAUUCUGCAGAUUUGGUGAAAUGAAUUCCCCAUGCAAUUAUCCCACACCAAGUAUGUACAAACAACAGGAACCUUAUAUGGUACAGUAGUUCUAACACUACUCCUAUAUGACAUCCAUCCAGAAACUGACUUUGUGGCGUUACUUUUUCUUUUUUUGAAGAAAAAUUUACUGGCAACAAUUAUUAAAGCAAAGUUGCAUCAAAAACCUGCAAAAAUAUCUUUUGAUCAUAUGACUUAUCUCAUGGACAAAAGAAUUGAAAUGAAUGCACAACGCAAAGAUUAUUAUGAGGUUCUUGAGACAAAAAAAAGGGGGGGAAAAAUUAAAAGAACAAAGAUCAGAACACUGCAGUUAUAAGAUAUUUUGUAGAUACUAGCGAGGCAACUAUAAAAUUUAUCUUCUCAGCAAGCAAAGCAUGAGGGUCCCAUCUUGCAAUGAAAAAAUGACCAGCAACUUGACUAUAAAAAUCUUGUGACUAUGCAAAGAUUGAGGCCCCACAUUGCAAUUGAAAAAUGGCAGUGAUGAGGCCUUAAUCUGCAUGGACAAAAAGAUUAACUACAAAAUUAAGGGCGGUUGAGGCUUGGUCCGUUGUCAAACAUAUUGAUUGAAAGAAUGAUCUAUAAGCAUUACUUAUGAGCAGCACAUAAAUGACAACCAAGCCGAUUUUCUCAUUCUUUCCAGCUGAAUGCCUUGAAGAAGAAUUCCUCUCUUUCUGAUCUAUUCUGUUGGAAGAACAGUCUGAUAUAAUCUCUGGUACCAUUUUGGAACUUGGAACUUGUGUGCUACCUUCAUCAUUGCAGAUCUUGACCCUCUUUUCUCGAUGAUGCUGUCUUGUGGUCUUGUGCAUUUUCUAUUUGUUGUUUGCUUUCAAGAUUUACUUGAUAAAGAGGGGCUCUCAAGGAACAACGAGGUUCUUCGCAAUUAGAGAUUAUUACCUCCUCAAUGAUCUCAGUGGACUCAUUAACUGAUUAUGAAGAAGAAUCACUGCAUUUUGGGUCCUGCAUUGGUUUGAUAGAUCAGGUUGGCUACUGGGUUCAACAUACAUUAUGGAAGAGGAGGCCUUGGGGAGAUUCACAUUUUUGACAUUGUUAAGUGAAACUGCAUCAUCCAUUAUUAAUUUAGAAGCUUGCAAGUUCUUUUGUGUUGGGGCAUUGAUGGGUGGUAAAGCUUGUAUCAGAAGGCAAUUCUUCAGUGACGUUUCUUUUCA